AUGAGGGUAAAUGCCUUUAAUACCAAAGGGCACGAGCAUAUCAACUUGUUCUGGGACCCUGGAUUACUGGACCACUACUCUGCUGCUGAGGCAAUACGCAUCCCUAUCGUGGCCGAGUGGUUCGAGGUGCUUGACUGGAGAUGCGAAGGUCUCCUGACGAUGGCUGGCACGGUGACAGGUGCCUUGAUUGGAGGCUGGAUCAUCAAGAGAUUUGACCUCAAGUUCAAAGGUCUCAUUGGGUUUGCCAUGGCAUGUGCCGUAGGAUGUCUUGGAGCUUCCUGUGCUUUCUUGCUGAAGUGUCCCAACGUUCCCAUGGCUGGUGUGACAGUGCCCUACACAAAUAGCUCUCAAGAACUUCAAUCGCAUCGCAAUAUUACAGCUAUGUGUAACAUGGAAUGUAGCUGUGGUAGAAGUUUUGUUCCAGUGUGUGGCAGUGACAAGGUCCUCUACUACUCGGCUUGCCACGCCGGCUGUUCAGAACAGUCGGACGGCGAUGAAGUCUUGUACACGGACUGUUCUUGCAUCAGGAACAGCUCUAGUCCUGGACCUGGUUCUGCCGAGCCUGGAAAGUGUUACAUCUUCUGCAGAUCUAAAUGGCCGUUCUUUCUGGUAAUGUUCCUGCUUCUCACCUUCGGUGGGAUGGUACAUGUGCCAGUAUGGACAGCUACAAUAAGAUGUGUGCCCCAUUCACAGAGGACAUUUGCUCUAGGGUUGCAGAGUUUAUUGUACAGUGCAUUAGGAACUAUCCCAGGACCCGUUGUUCUUGGUCUUCUUAUUGACAAGUCCUGCUUGCUGUGGGAGGAUUCCUGCGAUGGGUCCAGGACCUGCUGGCUAUACCAGAACUCGGAGCUGUCCCUGGUCUUCUUCUUCAUCACCCUCCUGGCCAAGGUGGGUGGACUGAUAUUUCUCCUUGGGGCGCUGCUCAGUUACAGGACGCCAGACGGGAAAGGAAGUGCCGACGGGAAGUAUGAUAAGCUGGUGAAUGAAGAUAAUACUGAUGCUCUAUGA